UGAGCUGGAAAAUGGCUGUGUGUUGGAGCAGGGAGUUAUGAACGGGAAAAGAAAGAAAGAGCGAAAAGAAAGACGCCGAAUUAAGAAGUGAACCAAAGGCUUGCUGGAAGUUUAGAGCUCACCGAGAAGCCGUCGUCUGCAGACAAGCCACCACUCGGACUCUUGUGUGCGACUUUUGCUCCGAAGCCAAAAGUGCGAAGAGUCAAGAAAUAUCCGCGGUCGGUCAUUAUUCCUGCCCCCAAACAUGUGGGAUAUCUGAAAGAGCGAGAGAGGAUUAGAGACCUUCCCACCCUGGCACUCGUCCGCCAAUCAGGCCACUUGAUUUGACCGUGGAGAGCCAACGACACGGGGCCCGUCACUGGGAAAACCCUUUUCCAGGCUGUUCCAGUAGCACCCAGCCAGCAGGUUUUUGCUGCUUGAAAAAGCAUGUUGCCAACGAUCUCCCUCUGCUCCAUCAUCUGGCUCAACCGGGGUAUCAAGCUGAGGAAAGUGCACCAGUCCACCAACACCGGUCAGGUGUAAAGCCGCUGCCACUGCAGACACAAAAGCAGCAGAGCUCCUCGUUAUUAACUUUUAAAAAUGCUGCUGAGCUUCGGCUGACUUCCCCUCCUUUCAUCCCCCCGACCCUCUAAGCCACUGUACCAACACCAGACUUUAGUAACUCAGCCACAAUUUUGGUUUCGGAGGUGGAUUUCUGUCUAGCCUAACCCUGUUGUUACAGCGGGACUCAGGCCGAUCCUAAAUCCUCGAAGCGGUGGCCAUUUUACUUUUUGCCUCUGUCACAAAAUGGCGGCGGAAGGUUUCCAGUAUCGUGCCCUCUACACGUUCACCAAGGACCAGGACGAGGACUUGGAUCUGCAGCCUGGAGACCUCCUUACAGUUAGCAAGGCCUCUCUGAUGUCCAUGGAGAACUACCAGGAGGGCUGCGUGGAGCACCCCGAGCGUCUGGGCUGGCUCCUCGGGUACAACGAGCGCACUAAGCAGAGAGGCGACUUCCCAGGGACGUAUGUUGAGUAUGUGGGCCCCAUCAAGAUGGCACUCCCAUCGAGUCAGCCAAGGUCCCAGCGACCCCUGCCUGCAGCUCCCAGAUCAGAGUCGACUCAAGCUGUUCCCGUGCCGGACCUGAGCGAGCAGUUCACACCACCAGAGACGGCUCCCCCGGCCCUCGUCGGCCUCAUACAAGCCAUAGAAAAGAGAGGUCUGGAUUGCAAGACAUUGUACAGGACACCUAGCUCCUCGGGUUCAGAUAGUCCGGUGUACAGCCUGUGCUCUGAGAGUGACGUGGUUCAGAGGGAUCUAGGUUUCCUGUCUGAGGGCGUCCUGCAGUACCUGAGAGACCUUCCAUCACCUGUCAUCCCUGUCUGUAUCUACCCUCACCUACAAACUGCUCUCAUGCAGCAGCAGGUCCUACAGCAGUCAGCAGAUGGUGCGGUAGCUGGAAGCCACAACAGAGAAGUCAGCCUGGUCCUUGAGAACUCUACCACCGUCCCUCUCCAUCACCGUCUCACCCUGCAGUACCUCCUCACACACCUGGCUAAGGUCACUCAGGCACAGGCCAGCAAUGGCCUGGAUACAAACACGCUGGGAAAGAUCUUUGGCCCCCUGCUUAUCUGGACCAGCCCCUCUACUGCUUGGUUUCCAAUGGAUGAGGAGUUCCCCGCCUUGGUGGUGGAGAAACUGCUGAUAGAGAGAACUACAGGUCAAGACCUCACUCCUCCAGUUCUCCCAGCGAAGCCUGUGAAGUCAAAAAUGACACCAUCAGCCAUGACAGACACGAGCAGCCUGCUGAAUGAUGCCGAGUGGUACUGGGGCGAAAUAUCCAGAGAGGAGGUGAAUGAGAAAAUGCGAGACACUCCAGACGGCACCUUUCUGGUCCGAGAUGCUUCAAGUAAACUGGAGGGCGAGUACACUCUUACACUCAGGAAGGGGGGGAACAACAAGCUUAUAAAGAUUUAUCACAGAGACGGGCGGUACGGUUUCUCAGAGCCUCUGACCUUCCUGUCUGUAGUGGAGCUCAUCAAUCACUACCGCCACGAGUCACUGGCCCAGUACAACGCCAAGUUGGACACAAAGCUUCUGUAUCCCAUCUCCAAAUACCAGCAGCUGGUGAAGGAGAACAGCAUAGAGGAGGUGGGGGAGCAACUGAAGAUCUAUCAUGAGCAGUACCAGGAGAAGAGUCGCGAGUACGACUCUCUGUACGAGGAGUACACACGCACCUCGCAGGAGCUGCAGAUGAAGCGCACAGCCAUUGAAGCCUUCAACGAGACCAUCAAGAUCUUUGAAGAGCAGUUUGAGACUCAGGAGCGGUACAGCAAAGAGUCUUUGGAGAGAUUCCAGCGUGAGGGCAACGAAAAGGAAAUACAAAAAAUCCAGAGCAACUCGGAGCGUUUGCAGUCUCGUGUGAAGGAGAUCCACGACAGCAAGCGUAAGCUGGAGCAGGACCUGAGAGAGCAGGUGUCUGAUAACAGAGAGAUUGACAAGAAGAUGAAUAGCCUCAAGCCAGAUCUCAUGCAGCUUCGCAAGAUCAGGGACCAGUACUUAAUAUGGUUGAUGCAGAAGGGGACGAGGCAGAAGAAGAUCAAUGAAUGGCUGGGCAUAAAGAACGAUGCUGAUGAGUCCUUCUCACUGGAAGAAGAUGAGGGCUCACCCCACCAUGACGAGUGUACCUGGUACGUGGGCGACAUCAAGCGCACCCAGGCUGAGGAAAUGCUGCGAGGCAAAUGCGAUGGAACCUUUCUCAUCCGUGAGAGCCAGUCACAGAAGGGCUCUUACGCCUGCUCCGUAGUUGUGGACGGUGACUCCAAACACUGCGUCAUCUACAAGACAGCCACGGGGUAUGGAUUCGCUGAGCCCUACAAUCUGUAUUCGUCCCUCAAAGACCUGGUGCUCCACUACAAAAAUGUCUCCUUGGUCCAACACAACGACCAGCUGAAUGUAAAUCUAGCCUGCCCAGUCCUGGCCCGCUCCCAGAAUCAGAACCAGCACCCCAGAUGAAUUAUUCACCAGCAGCAUAGGACACCAGCCAGAGUGGGAAAAUUAGACAUAUGCAUUGGGGGGGGGGGAAAUGAACUCUGGACAAUGCUUGUUCCUGUGGCAGGUAAAACAGACUCAAUAGCCAGGAUUAAAAAAAAGAAAAAACCAUGUAUUUUUGGCCAGAAGCUGAUGCUAAUUUCCCACACUGACCCCAGUCCAGCAAAGAGCACUCCUUGCUAACAGCAUGGCUUCAUAAUAAGCACACUACUACUGAUAACGAAGCACUGUACAGUUAGCCUGGCUGAUGCAGUCAGUUAAAAGCUGAUGAGAGUGGUGCAUUAGCCAGCCACACUGUCCAGUGUCGGUUACGGAAAAAAGUGAGAAAUUCACAAGAACAUUCAUUUAUUCAGGAAAAAAAGACUAAAAUACAUCAAAGGAAGGCACACACAAUGGGGUUUUUUUCUAAAUCUUUGAAAAGCGGAGAGACCAGAUGGUGGGAUGAUGGUAGAAAUUACAGGAGCCACAUUUGGUUUUUUGGGUUUGUUGGUUUUGGGGGGGUUUUUGCCUUUAAUGCGAGAUAAAUGUCCACAGACAAAGGCCCGAUCUGUCAUUCCCAGACUGCCUGCAAACUCUCCAUAGACAAAAGCCUGAGCUGUCAUCCGAGGAAAUUACUGGCUUGCCUAAACCAGGCUGCUCGUUUCACACCUAAAGGCGGCUGAGAAAAAACAAUGGGCUGGGAGUGUAGUCACUGGAGACUGGGGGGGGGAGGGGGUGAAGAGGGUUGCUGUUUCAGGGUUUGUUUGUUUUUUAAAGAAAAAGAUUGAUUCAGUUAAAAGCUUGCUCAAGUGCCAUAGUAAUAGCUUUGAAUGACCACAAGCCUGUGUCACUAGAAUAAGGGGGCACGUCGAGGUUACAAACCGAAAGAGAAGGGGGGGAGUAAACGGUUGUCGACAUAGACAAAGCUACAGCUUUAAACAAAAUAAAUACAUACACAUAGGUAUAUUUUUAUGAAAUGAUCUCUAUUUCCAACAGCUUUGGCUUGUUGCUCUCUUUCUCAGUGGGUGUCCUUUUGAUCUGACGAGGUACAACGUACAGUGAUUGCUGUAUAACAGGAUAAAAAUGCAUGGUACAUAUUUGGUAUAUUGUGAAUAUAGAAUUGCUUUUUAAUCACAAUACACUAGAUGGAGAGGUACAUUGAUAAAUGCAGUUCCACGUGAUUCAGGUUUCCUUUUAAAAUGGAAAUGGUGGAAAUACUCCUGCGUCUCUUCGUUUCAGACUUCUUUCUUCAUCCUCUGUAAUACUGUAGCACCUGUAGCCAUUGACUUAAGGCACUGUUAGUGCUCCUCCUAUGUGUCUUGUUUCUAUAUGCUAAAGACACUUGCAGAGCAUCGACCUAUGUGAUUAUUGUAUCUCGUGUACUGUAUUUGCUUCAUCUCUAGUUAGAUUAGACUGUUUCCGUGGUACAGUGUCCUUGCAGAUGUUUAUUGUUUUGGAGGGGUUUUUUUUUUUUUUUAUAUGCAAAUUUACUCACGGUACUUCUUCUCCCUUGCGCUCGACUGUUCAUUUCAUCACAAGCUUGACUCACAGAGCUGUAGAACAUUUAUGUACAAAAAGAUAAAAGAAAGAAAGAAAGCAGUAAUAUAAAUCAUGUACAGUAUAUUUCAGACACACAUGCAGCCUGUGUAUGUGACUUUAUACGGUUCCUUCACGGAAGAUUUGCUAUGCUUUUAGAUUCUGUUUAAGGAUGCAAAUUAUCCAUUUUAAUGUGAGCCAAAUGAAGGAUGUCUUUUCAUGUAGCAAGAAUGAAAAAAGAAACAGUCCUUUUUGCCAUUUAGCAUGACCUUGGCGGUCUGAGAGAUUAUCCGGUAUGUUAUGCAUGGAGUCCUUCAUUUGGGUUGUUGUUUAUCUUUUUUUGUUUGUUUGUUUUAACUUGGAUUAGUGGUUGAAAAUUGUGCUUUUUGUAGUGAAUAUACAGUAUUCACUGGCGUGUGGUCUUACUAUGCACAACACGGUUGUAUGCGUAUAAUAUGUUUUAGACUUGGGUUCAGUUCCCUCCCGGUGAUGUGGCAAUGAAUUUCUCCUAUUUGUUUCUCCGUGUUGGCUCGAGGUGUAGAUAGUACCGCCUCCGUUCAAUGUCACAUUCAAAGCACAGCGGCGUAGAUGCAGGGUUACUCAGUUAUUAUGUUCUCAAUGAAAAUGUGGAGCUGAAAAGAGGCGUCAAAUGAUGCUGCUUUUAAACUUGAUUCAUGUAGUUGUUUUUUUUUUCCAGAUGAACAAAUAUUAAUAUGAAUCUUUCACAUUUUUACAUUUAGUAAUCUGAGAAAGCCAAAAAAGAAGAAAAACUAUUUUUGUAGUGGGGUAUAGAAGAGUCAGGGGUCAUUAACAAUAGAAAAUGGGGGAAAAUGCUUUUAAAAUCUUGGUCUUAUUUUGGUUCCUUUUUGUUGAGAGAGAGAGAGAGAAAAAUUGACACGUUCUUCUUAAAUUAGAUAUUCCUCUACUCUGCUGGUGAUUAGUUAAAAGUCAUCUGAGUUAGACUCAAGCUUCAAACAAACACAGUGCUUGUCUAUUUCUGAAAUGUUCAGUUUCAGACAUCAGGUAGCAACAUUUUUUCCCAGACAUACCAACCCAGUCUUCUGAUCAAACCUACCUUGACCUGAAAAGUUUUAAUCAUUUUGAUUUCAGUCAGGACGAAUCUAUUGUACUGUACUUUGCACAGUUCUUGGCAAGUAAAGGACCCCAAGAAUUAAAGUGGAGGUGACAGAGGUGCUUCUGAUUAGAGGGCUAUUAAAAAAAAUAAAUAAACGUACGAGUGAGAAAGAUUAGAAGUGCCUUUAGUCGUUGCGAUGAGCUGGUCGUCUCCCUGUUGUCGUUGGAGCGUUGCUGCGUAAGACGAUGCCACAACCACAUGUUGUGCCCCACCGUUCAUACAUUUGUCGUUUAUCAAAACAGAGGGGUAUCUGGCAAACGAGCGUAGUUGUUGUGUGUGAUUGUGCGUGUCUGUGUGUGCGUGUUAGAGCAAAUCUGAGCAUGUUAUAGAUAAGAGAGUGGCAGAUAUUAGCCGUGCCUCUUUGGUAUUGCAUUUAUAGUUGUUACAUAUUCCUUCUUUCUGUAGUGGGGCCUGUACAGUAGCUUGGUGCACCCAGGCUAGCCUACUUCAGUGUUUUUGUUGUUUGUUUGUUUGUUUGGUUGUUUGUGUGUCUGGUUUGUUUGAAUAAAACUCAGAAAAGAUAUAGAAAUGUGAACAGUACACAUCCGUGGCCCAGACCAGUUGUUUAAAGCUCAUUUGGUAAGCUCUAAAGCUAAUGCAUGCAGCAGUUCUCAGUGUUUUGUAUUAAGUUAGUGAACAGGUGAUCUGAUUAAAUCAUCCACCGUUAUUCAGUUUGUUGGACCAACACUUUUGUGACUGCACUUUUUUUUGUUUUUGUUUCACACACUCAGACUAGUGUGUCGCCCAACUACCGAAAACUAACAGACAAUGGUGAUGCUGAGUUGUUUAUAGUGUUUUUAGUUGAUAGUUAUUCAUUCAGUAUAUCAGGAAUGAUUGACAUUUUCAUUAUGAUAUCAGAGUAUACAGUGUACAGUAUAUGCUUUUGUUGUUUCGCAGUCAACAACUGUCUUGUAAAUCUGAUGCUUUUGACUGAUUGCAAUGUUUUCAUUAUAGAAUUAGUUUUACUAUGUGGACUGUGUAAACUCUGUAGUACUUUUCAAAGCUACUUUUAGGAGAGCUGCUAGCUCAUUAUGCAAUUCUCAUCUGCACAGCAGAAGUGUCCAGCUAAACAUGAAAAACAUAAAUCUUCCUUAAAAAAGAAGCAGCUUCAGUUCAUCCAGGUUUUCACUUAUUCCUUGUGGUAUUUAAACAUGCAAAUAAUUGCAAGGUCACUCUUUCUACCUUUUUAUUUGGAUCUGCACUGUGUGGACAAGCGUGUUGCACAACACCACAGGUGUUUUCAGUCUCAUUGACACAGGUGUAUAAAAUCAACCAACCAAUCAGUGUGCCUUUGCAAACAUUUGUGAAAGAAUGGGUUGUUCUAAUGAGCUCACUGAAUAUGGUCAUGGUGCCAAAAGACGAUAUCACUGUUACAACACCAACAACCUUUGUGAAAUUUCUUCCGUCCAUGAUAUUCAGCCGUAAGUGUUUUUAUUCCAAAGUUAAAGUGUCAGAUCAUGCAAAGUUACAGAGUCACAUGGAGUGCAUAAGUCACCGAGACUCUGCUGACUCAGUUACUGCGGUGCUCCAAGCCUCCACAGGCAUUAACAUCAGCACAAACUCAGUGUAUUUCAGUUUGCAGUGACUCUAUACAUUAUCCAGAGUACCCACAACUUUCUUUUUUAAAAAAGUGAUCCUAUUUAAUGUUCUUUGAGCACUACAAAUGAGGUAUUUUCAAACCUCCUUAAACCAUUUUUCUCCAAAGCAUGGGUCAGGAAAACAUUACAUUGUGGACCAGAUAUGGAAAAGGUGGCCAACUGUAGCGUUUCCUAACGAAUACAAUGGAACGUUGUUUCCAUUUGGUUGAGGACAUAAAAGUGAAACUACAUGCAUGGCUUGAUACCACAAGGAGUCAGUGAAAGCAGUGUCGGGGAUUUUCAAGGUGAUUUUGUGUAAAGCAUUUCUAGGGAAAGUCAUGCUAGUGGAGUCAAACUUUAACCCACAACUGGUUAGCGUGACACAAGUUAAUGAAAAAGGUGGUCAACUUUUUAGUGUCUGAAAGAAAAAUAGAAAUGUAGAAGUGAACAGCUUCCAGCAUCACUUGUUAUGAUGUACAUUUUUGCAGUGUGCUUAAACACUUUGGUACGCCAUGUUAUUCACACGUUUAUUGGCUAGCUGCAGUGGAAUGUGGUCGCACAGUGAGACUGGCAUGAGAAGAGCAGGAGAUGAAGACUUUAUUGCGCUUUGACAUGGAGUUGAAACUCUCAAACUCAAAGCUUUCAUCCCGCUUCUCUAUUAGAUAUGCAUCUUGGAGCUUCUUGAAAAGAAAAAAACCACAAAAAAAUUUUCUAUAUGAGACAUAAUCAUUCAAGGAAUUAAAUAUUUUUUCAUCAUUCUUUGGUACACUGUAAAUGAUAAACCUUGAAACGGCCUCAUACACAAAGCACAUCUUUCACUGACUACAAAGAAACACAUAUUUGUUGUCUAUUAAGGUUUGAAGAAUGAGAGAUACUAGAGAAUAAAUAUUUUCAAAUAUAUACUUAGAUAUCUAUAUUUUUGGAUGAUUUAAUUCUGAUUUGGUUGGCGCUUGAAACGAAUCAGAACGAGGCUUUGAUGUGAACACUUUUAGCUCCGUGGCUGCUUUGCAAUCGAGCAGUUGUUGAAAUGCAGACAUAUUUACUUACCCGCUGCAGCGAGCUUCAUCAGGAUCACCAGUUAAAACUUUGUGGUUACAGUCGAUCGACAUUCAUGAUUUUUACGCAUGAUUAUCAGGUGUGUUCGGAGGAUGAAGCAAGCUCAUGUACAUGUGUUAAUAUUUACAGAGCUGAGUCUAUAUGUUAAAUGCAGUCCUGGCUGCUUUGCAUUUUAUUAAAUAUUAGUUGUUGGUUGUUUUUUUUUUUUGUUUUUUUUUCUUGUUUUGUCUUUUGGAAGACAGUUUUUGUUUGUUUGUUUGUUUGUUUGUUUGUUUGUUUGUUUGUUUUUGAUUCUUUUUGUUUGUUUGUUUGUUUUUGUGAGUAGAGGCAGUGUUAAAAAGUUGCACCACAAAAGAUGCACUCGAUGCUGCUGCAGAGAUCUGGCACAGAUUGGACACUGAUGCUGUAACAAAGUGAUCCAUCUUACCACUCGGUCUUACUGCGCCAGAUCUCAGUGGCUGCUGAAGGUUUUUUGGGGGUGGGGGGUGGAUGUGUGCUUACAGCCAGGAAAGAAAAAAAGAAGAAAAAAAACUAAACCUGAUCCUGAGGAAGGUACACGACUCAAUGGUUCACGAUUGCUCCUCUACUUGGAACAAUGAUGGCAUUAGAAAGUGAUCUUUUAUGGUGCCUUAGUAUAUUUCUUUCUAUUUUGGCUUUUUAAAAAAGCUGAUAGAUUUGUCUGUCCAAGUGUUCUUUGUUUUGUUUGUUUGUUUAUAUCUUUAAUGAUAACCUUACAGAGCCUAUAAAGAAAAAAUAAGCUAGCUUGAAUUUUUUUUCCUCUAUACAGAAAACACAAAUACAAAUGUUUACAAUAUGUAAUUAACCAAAUAGUAAAUAUGCGUUUGAGAAUCAGUCUGUCCCUCAAAGCGGCUGUGAUAGAUUGAUUUGUAUUUCUUUAUUUCUUCUGUCAUUUUAAACUUGAAAAUGUUAUGACUGCUUGUUCUGUUCCCCCCACAUUUCACUUUGUUCCUCUUUUUUUUUUUUUUUUUUUUUUUUUUUUUUUAUUUCCUGUGAACAGUGCUCCCUCUAUUGCAAAAUAGUUACUCAGCAAUGUAGUUGAACUAUUUGUCUGUCAGUCUUUCUUUACCUGCUGAUUUCUUCACCUUACACUGAGCCUUGUAUGUGCUGAAUCCUAACUUGAGACCCUGUUGCAUCUUUUGCUGUUUCUGCACAGUACGGUGAACUCGACUGAAUCUGACUGAUGUAUCUGCGGUAAAGGAUUCAAAGAAUUUCAUAUUGUGUAUUAGUAAAAAAAAAAAAAAAGAGGAAAAACAAAAGCGCCACUUGGUAAAAAUACUUGAGCACAGAUUAGUACAUAAGCGAAGAUUAGAAUUCAGGAAUAACUAUCUAAAGGCAUCCUAUUGUUGUUUUUUGCACUACGCAGCAUUUGAUAGUUGAAUAAAAAGCUGAAACGAUUGCUCUUUUGGUUAGUUAAGUAGUUUUUAAGACCAAAAUUCAGCCAAUAUAGUCGCAGCUUGUUCAGCCUAUGUGUCAUUUCACUUAAAAAAAAAAAAAAAAAAAUCUAUCUAUAUAUGCUAAGAGCAGCACUUUCAUUUCCCUUUAUGUUUUUUAAAUCUUCUCACAUUGUCACUCCUCCAUGUGGAAAGUUGGCAUUUGUUUGAUUAACCUGAUGUGAAUGUUGUAGUAUCGUUCACUGGUGUACAGUAGUUUAUAUUGCCUCACACUCGUCAUGUUGGAGGCAACAUUGACGGUGGUCCAUGUUGCAACAGGCUGGGCAAUGUUACACAGCAGCAACAAUUUAAGCGGCAUCACCACAUCAGAGCACACAUUGCAUUGCAGCGUUGCCCACCGAGUUGCCUCUUGAAUCACCGGCUUCAGCAGACAUACAGCUAAAAAUUAUAGUUAGUAAAGAUGUGGCCGUCUCUCUCACUCAAAAGCAGUGAACAGAUGGACCGUCAGAUAAAGCUACUCUACACCAAAGUGCAAUUGAAGGCAGAGGGAGCACUGUUGUUUUAGCCAGUAGGGGCCUACUGGUUGCAAUGUGCCAGAUGCAUGAAAAGAUGGUUAUUCUUCUUCUCUUGUGUUAUCUUCCCUCCGUUUAUCUGUCUUAACUCAGAUGCGGCAUUUCUUUCUUUCUCUCUCAUGUACGGCUUGCUUCAGAGUGGUAUGCCCUCAGACAGGUACUCUUUGAUCUGUACGGUUAUUUCUUUAGGUUAAUGCGAUGAUUUUAAAAAGACAAUAAAAGAUAUCUAAAAUGCCA